UAAAUUUUGAUAAUUCAUAAGCGCUCAUUGUCGCGUGAUAUCAUCCUACGAUCGUCACUGACAGUGCAUAUUGAAACUUCGACCACUUUCUAAUCCUACCCCAACAGCAAAUUGUUCUUGUUUAUACUCUUCAUCCAUCAUGUCUUCAAGGGAACCUAUGUGGUAUUGUCAUCAGUGCAAUGCAGAAAUGCGUCCCCUUAUGGUUCCAGAUCCCGUAUGCGCUUCAUGUCACGGCGAUUUCGUUGAGAAGAUAGAAGAUCCUGACGAUGAUCCGCGAGAGUUUCAACAUGGAGAUCCAAUGGAUGACGCUGGCAUCGACCCUUUUCUGAUGGUUUUACAAGGUCUUAUGAAUCGGGGGAUGCCCGAGCAGCGAAGUCGACCCUCCUCUCCUCGUCAUAAUCGCUCACCGAGCGGGAACUCUUCAUCGUCGUUCUCUUUCCAAAUUCGUAGUGGUUCCGGUGGACCCGCAGUGUUUUCUAUAGGUGGACCCAAUACACUUGGUGGGACCAGAGCAGGAUCAGAACCAUCUGGGAGACCAUCUAAUUUAGCUGAUUUUAUCCAGAGCGGUGACGAGCGCGCGCCUGGGAUUGCAGGCCCGUUGAUGGCCCAAUAUCUGAUGGCACUACUUGGUAAUCGCGGGUCACAUACAGAUUUCCUUGGAGGUCUCGGAGACGCUGCUGAAAGAGGGCGUAUGGGAGACUAUGUCUUCAACCAAGAAGCUCUAGAUCAAAUCAUAUCGAAUCUUAUGGAGAAUUCAAAUGCCUCCAGACCGGUACCAGCGACUGACGAAAUUAUGGAUAAACUUCCUCGUGAAAUUUUAGAGGCAGGAUCCAAAACUCUCGAAAAAGAUUGUGCGGUAUGCAAAGAGCAAUUCCAGUUGCAGACAGAGGAUCCUGAUGAACAGAUAGUGAUCACAUUACCUUGCGGUCACCCGUUCCAUUCAUCCUGUAUACUUCCCUGGUUAAAAUCUUCCGGCACUUGUCCAGUUUGCAGACAUCAGUUAAUAGCUCAGCCCGAACAUCAUGCUUUGCCGCCUAGCCCUCCAUCGGGCGAUGGCCCUUCACGAAGCUCAGGUAGUGGCGGCGAAGGUAUCUUCCAGCACCUCUUUGGCUCCAUGAUGGGUGGCGGAUCUGGAUCUACUUCCAAUCCAAAUUCAGCCAGAAAUGUAAGUGGACGUUCGUCCAACCCAACUGAUGGACGGAGCCAAAGGAAUCGCGGAGGAUCUUCAUCCAAUCCGGGCCGGCAGAACUCAGAGGAUCAUCAUCUUCCUGGCGGUUGGGAUAACGAGCUUGAUUGAAACUGGAAUUCAAGUUCUACAUUGAUUUGUGUAAUUCAGCUGCUCGAACUCACCGUAUCACCUCUUCUGCUGUCUUUCAUUGCCUUGUGUAUCUACCAUGUACUCAUGUUAUGUAAUGCUUGUUUAGAU